UUUCUACAACCUCUGCGAACGUACACUUUUUGACCUAUGAAGGAUCCGUCAAAUCUCGCGAUGCGAGCAGCUCGCGGGGACGCUGUCAUGGCUGCGCCUGUAUAUAACCACGGGGUUCUGACCUAAGGAAAACAAACAACAGCAUGUGUUCUCUUUCACUAGUAGAAGCGACGUUUGUGUCAUAUUGACAAUUUUAAAGCCAUUUGAAAGUGUUUCACUGGAUAGCAAAAUGAAUAACAGAGCAAUUUCCUUUUUCUGGAACCACAGACAAUUCAGUACUUUAAUUCCAACAAGCAGAACUGUGAGGCUGUAUCCUUUGGGAUUUUGUGGACCAAAAAAUGUGUAUUCAAACUGGAACCCAAGAAACCUCUUAAAUAACUUCGAUAACAGAAUGCAAGCACCUGUAAGAUAUCUCUUUCAGGAUGCCUUGAUUUUUAAAUCAGGAGAUGAUGACUUUCAAACAAAGGGCAUGAGCACUGGAACAGUCCUUACAUUCUGCAGACUGUUUUGUCCUAGAAGACUGUCCUUUGACUUAGGACACUCUCCUGUCUCUAAUAAUGGAUUGAGGAAAAUAAAAUUGCAUCAUGACGCCUCCAAUGAAGAUGUUCUCACCAAGGAAACAAAACCCACCCCUAUCAAUUUUAGAAAACUGUCUCAGGAGUGUAAUUCCCUGAGUGAUGUGUUGGAUGCAUUUUCAGAAGCACCUACAUUUCCUAGUAGUAACUAUUUCUCAGCGAUGUGGACAAUUGCCAAAAGGAUGUCCGAGGACCAGAAGCGCUUUGGAAAACAACUGAUGUUUGACCACCCCGCCUUUACCCAGCUGUGUGAACACAUGAUGAGAGAAGCCAAGAUCAUGCACUAUGACGACGUGCUGUUUAGUCUUCAUGCAAUAGUGAAGCUUGGAAUUCCUCAGAACACUCUGCUGGUACAGACUUUGCUGAGGGUGGUCCAGGAGCGUAUCAAUGAGUGUGAUGAGAGGUGUCUUUCAGUUUUGUCAACUGUUUUAGAGGCAAUGGAGCCAUGCAAGAAUGUGGAUGUUCUUCGAGCAGGAUUGCGGAUACUAGUUGAUCAGCAAAUUUGGAAAAUAGAACGUGUCUUCACAUUACAAGCUGUGAUGAAAUGUAUUGGAAAAGAUGCACCAAUUGCUCUUAAAAGAAAAAUGGAGAUGAAAGCCUUGAGAGAAUUAGACAGAUUUUCUAUUUUGAAUAGCCAGCGCAUGUUUGAGGUCCUAGCCGCCAUGGAUCAUCGUUCUAUUAUACUUCUGAACGAAUGCAGUAAGAAGGUCCUAGGUGAUAUCCAUGGGUGUCCGUUUAGAAUAUUGAUGAGCAUAUUGCAGUCUUGCAAAGACCUCCGAUACCGUAAUUUAGAUCUUUUCAAGGGAAUAGCAGAUUAUGUGGCUACAACUUUUGACAUCUGGAAGUCGAAACAAGUUCUUUUUCUCCUCAUUUUAUUUGAAAACCUUGGCUUUCGACAUCCUCAUCUGAUGGACUUAUUUAUGAAGAAAGUAGUAGAUGAACCUGACUUCCUAAACAUGCAGAGUGUUGUUUCUGUUCUUCAUGUGUAUUCUUCUCUCAAUCACACCUACCGGUGCCUGACCCAAGAGUUCCUAGACGCUAUGGCCAGUGCUCUGACUGCUUAUCUUCACCACAUCUCUUCUGAAAACCUAUUGAAUGCGGUGUAUUCGUUUUGCUUGAUGAACCAUUUUCCCCUGGCCCCUGUUAAUCAGCUUCUUCAAAAGGACAUCGUCAAUGAGCUGCUGACAUCAGGUGAUGUGGAGAGGAAUGUCCGCAAGCUUCAUGUUUUGACUACCUGCCUACAGCUUGAUGAUACUUCGUAUCACAAGGCCACCGACUUCACACUGCCAUCGCUGCCGUCCACACCAUCACGUCCUAACGCAAAGGUUGCUGAGGCACUAAGGAGCCUUCUGGGAGAAGGAUGCUUCUCAGAAAACGUCCAGUUGCCACAUAAUUAUCAUAUCGAUUUUGAAAUCAGAAUGGACACUAACAGGAGUCAAGUGCUUCCACUUUCUGACGUGGAUGCGGUAACUUCUGCUACAGACAGUCAAAGAGUAGGUGUACUAUGUGUUCCUAGAUCUACGUACUGUUUGGAUUCAAACCACCCCAGAGGAUUCCUUGCUAUGAAAAUGCGGCAUUUGAAAGUCAUGGGUUUUUAUGUGAUCUUGGUCAAAAAUUGGGAGAUGGAAAAACUAAGGAUGGAGGAUGCAGUCACAUUUUUGAAGUCUGAAAUCUAUUCAAGUGAAGACCUUCCAACUGCUGAUGUUAAUUUUCAAAGCACCUGUUAAAGUACAAAGCAACCUUUUCAUAUCAGGAGACAUCAAUUUGCAAAAAUAACUUUAAUAAAGAUGCAAUUCAGUUGUCAAUGGAA